AUGACCGAGAGUGGAGACUCUAUCGCCUUGACCCUUGAGGAUUCGGUUCAAAACUGGAAGAUAUAUGAAACGAUAACCAAGAUUGUGGACAAGCUAGCGCUGAGAUUCGUCGAUGGAGGCGUAUAUGCCACAGAACUCAAAGCCGCUGGUGUCUCUUCUCCCGCUCCCUGGACAGAGAUCCGCGACUUGCCGUACCUAGAUGCUGUUAUUCGUGAAGCUCUGCGCGUCAACCCCGGCAUUGCCAUGAUCUUCGAGCGUGUGAUCCCAGAGGAUGGAUUCACGCUUCCUGAUGGACGAUAUCUCCCUGCAGGCACCAAGGCCGGGAUCAACCCCUUUGUUACAAACCGUGAUUUUGGAUUGUUUGGGGGCGAUGCUGAUGGCUUCAAUCCGGACCGCUGGCUGCAGGGCAAAGAUGAAAGCUCAGAGAACUUUCAGAUUCGCCUCCAUCGGAUGAAAGAUACUGUCGACUUAUCUUUCGGUGGGGGAGGCCGGAUUUGCAUGGGCUGGUAUCUUGCUAUGUUAGAGAUCCAAAAGUUGGUUGCUUCGCUGUACAGCUCCUUCGAUUACGAUAUGCCUAUGGUCAUUCGCCGAUGA